GAUUUAGUCACAGCGCAGAGAGUUUAGACCAACAGAAAAUCCAACGGUUUUGAUUGACCAGAGAGAAAACUGAGAGAGAGAGAGAGAGCAAUGUCCGUCGAUUACUACAAGCUUCUUCAAGUUCAACGAAACUCCAGAGACGUGAGGAAAGCGGUCGAGGCCAAGCUCAAUCUAAUCAACGAUGCCUACGAGACCGGCAUGGCCCGGCUUACGUCUCAGGUUAUGGAGUCCGUGAAUCCGGAAGUGAUAUUCUCGACGUUUUUAGUCGGAGGGACGAUAGGGGAAAAUGGAUUCCAGUGGUUUGAAUGCACGGACUCAGGACCUGGAAAUGGGCCGAGGAAAGCCGCGGCGAUUGAGAGGACAUCAUUGCCUUGUACUUUGGAGGAACUGUAUAAGGGCGCCACCAAGAAGCUGAAGAUUUAUAGGGAUGUUCUUGGUGCUAGUGGAAGAAAAAUCACAGCGGAGGAAGUUCUAACAAUUGAGAUCAAGCCAGGGUGGAAAAAGGGCACGAAAAUCACUUUCCCAGAGAAAGGGCACGACACACGGCGAGGUGUGAUACCAGCAGACACUGUCUUCAUCGUCGAUGAGAAGCCUCACGGUGUUUACAAGAGGGACGGGGACGAUCUGAUUGUCACUCAGAAGAUCUCUCUAGCGGAGACUCUGACGGGUCACACCGCGCAGCUGACAGCCCUGGACGGGAGAAAAUUGAGCGUCUCCAUUGGUUCCAUUAUCAGCCAGACCCAUGAAGAAGUGGUUAUAGGGGAAGGGAUGCCUAUCCACAAGGAACAAUCCAAGAAGGGGAACUUGAUUGUUAAGUUUAGCGUCAAGUUCCCCAAGCUCACCCCGGAGCAGAAAACCGGCAUCAGAAUGUUGCCUUUUAUUUUUAUUUUAUUAUUUUUUUUUGAGAAACCUCGACGGUAUGAGAGAAAAGCCUCAUAAUGUUGCUGGCAUCUUUGUAAACGCCGGUUGUUGACUCGUAGCAGUUCGUAUUAUCGUUCUAAGUAGUGUAAGCUUUCCUAGAUGUUCUACGUAGGUGUCUGGUGUGUUUGCUUGUGUAACAAGUAGAUUGCUGCUCUAUCAGCAAUUGCAAAAAGUCCUUUCAUGUAUGUAUGUUUUCAGUGUGUCUAAUUUCUUCAUCAAUCUAAGUAUUUUCGGA